GUUUGCUUAAGAAAACAAAUCAAAAAAAAAGUUAAACAAUAUGAAGUGGUUGUUAAUAAAAGUGAUUUUAAUCACAUGUAAUCAAAUUCUAAUAAAUGCUGAAUAUUACUCUUCUGUGCACAAAAUGUCCACUCUAAUGGAUACUGAAUUAAAAUUUUUGGAUAAUAUGGAAAUCUUUAUAAAGAAAAAUGAAAAUAAAUUGGAAUUUUUAAAAGAAAAACUUGCGGAAUAUGAAAGAGAACAUGAGGAAUUUGUAGCCAAAGGUCCAGAAUAUUUGGAAAAUCCUUUAAGUAAAUAUUUAUUAAUUAAAAGAAUAACCAGCCAAUGGGAGGGCAUCGAUAAUGUAAUGCAAUAUAAAGAGGGCGAGAAAACUUUAAAGAAAAUUAAAAAGCGUAAUAUUCAGAUUUCCGAAUAUGAGGGUGGCAUUGAUGGUUUGUUGAGGUUACAAGAUAUUUAUAGAUUAAAUACCUCCGAUAUAGCUCGGGGCAUAUUGCAAGGUGUACAAUAUGAUUUUCAAUUGGAAACACGUAUUUGUUACGAUAUCGGUCAAAGAGCUUUAGCUACCGAUUUCUUUAGAUUAGCCUAUUCUUGGUUAAAAGAAGCUUUAAAAAGGUUCCCGAAGGCGUCUGAAACUGAGUAUAAAAAUGAGUUUUCUUUUACCAAAUUGGAAAGACUAGAUAUUGAAUUGGCUUUAGCUAAUGCUAAAUAUAAAUUGGGUGAUGUUAGAGGUGCUAAUCAAUCAUAUGUGGAUUUGAUUAAUUUAUAUCCUGCUAAUGAAAGAAUAGCUAAACUUUAUGCAGAAUUUUCAAAAGAAUCUGCCGAUAAAGCUUCAAUUGAAGUGGAUUAUACUAUAGAUCAUGAGCCUCUGGUAAAAAAUCUCGCUUCUGCUAGUCAAUCGCUACUAUACAAAUACACCUGUGCCAAUAUUUUGAAAAAAACACCCACCGAAGAACGUGAUUUACGUUGUAGCUAUAUUACUGAAACUCAUCCGUUUCUAAUUUUGGCUCCCAUUAAAGUGGAAGAAAUGAAUCAUUAUCCGCUUUUAUUAGUAUUUCACGAUAUUAUAUCCGAUAGGGAAAUAGCGAUAGUAAAAAAUCUCACAUCCGCCAUUCAAAGAGCAACUGUAAUGGGUACAAAUAGUUCCGUAGUAUCUAAUGUACGCACUAGCCAAUUUACUUUUGUUUCGGUUAAAAGACAUCCAGUACUAAGGGUAAUUGAUCAACGUGUUGAAGAUAUGACCAAUCUUAAUAUGAAAUAUAGUGAAGAUCAUCAAUUUGCUAACUACGGUAUUGGCGGACAUUAUGGUGAACAUCAUGAUUUCUUUUAUGAAGCCUUUUUGACUCCCGAAAGAGUGAGUCUGUUUGAAAUGGGCAAUCGCAUAGCCACGGUAUUAAUUUAUCUUAGUGAUGUAGAACAGGGUGGUGGUACCGCCUUUCCCUAUAUGAAAAGUCACUUAUUGCCCAAGAAGGGAGCUGCUGCCUUUUGGUAUAAUUUACAUGCUUCUGGUGUUGGUGAUAAACGUACUUUACAUGGUGCUUGUCCCAUUAUAGUGGGUUCUAAGUGGGUUCAAAAUCGUUGGAUACGUGAAAAUGAUCAAAGUGAUCGACAUCCUUGUUUGUUAUAUGAUGAUUCUUUGUAAUACUAUUUAAUGUUUUAUAUUUUAGUUAAGAUUUAAAUUGUAAACUGGAGGCGUGAUUAUGGCC